ACAAUUCUUAUUAAUCCCACCACCACGUCGCCGUGUUUUCGGUUUCAAAUGUACACGUAACCAAGAAUGGCUCGGACACACUCCUCUUACACCGCGAGCCCAACGCGCUUCCGCUCUCCACAACGAAGCCCGGCGCGUCGCCCGUCCCAGGAUGGCUCACAGUAUGAGAUGGAUCUAGAUGCACUAGGCCUCAACUCGACGUUUGAAUCCACAGAGUUGGACGGAAGCUAUGAGCCACCAGUCGAUCGUGUAGAUACAAGCGAAAUCGAAGGACCGGAAGACUUCACGAUGAACAUGACUUACUGGAUGACGGCAGAUCUGCCGCUGGCCCAAAUCAAGUCUAGGAAAGAAGCGAAUACUAGAAAAUCGGUGGCGCGAAUGGAUGCCAUGCAAGAGAAGAGCGAACUACAAGACACGAUAGAAGAGGGCGAUCAAGCAGUUGUAGGGGAGAGUUCAACGAAUCCCAAAGAGUAUACCGCCUCGCCUACGAUCCGCGCAAAUGGCACGACUGCCGACCGUGAAUAUAGCACACCAGCAUCUGAGCGAUCCAUGGAAAACGACGAAAAAGUUCGAAGCUUUCUGAGUGCGCUGCCAGAUACAGAUAUGGAAGGCGCGCUUACGGGAACACCACUCCUCGUAAACAAGCAAAGCUUCCUACAAAUACCUAGGCCUUCGCCACCUAAAGCACGAUCGCUGCAAGCAACCGUGGAGGACUACGACACGCCGCGGAAGCCGACGCAAGAGACAGUCAUACAUCAUACCAUGGCCACUAGGGAGGCAAACGAGCUGAAUGCGAUCAGUAGCCAGAUCACUGACCUACAAUCGCGGCUUGAACUUCAAGAGCUAGCUGCGAAGACACGCAUCACGGAGCUCGAGACCAUACUCUCGUACACUCGCUCAGAAUUGGAAGGCGCACGUACCGACAACUACCGGCACCAAGAAAGACUUACCAGCCUAGAAACUAGCAUGGAGCGACAAAAGGCAGAAGACGAAGCGGCUCGCUCCUCCAUGGAGGCUCAGUCAAAGGCCCGAGAAGAUGCAUUGGGAGCCAGGAUGCAAGCGUUUGAAGAGGAGAUGCGCCUUCAAAACCUCGCUAAGCUGCAAAUGCAGAGAGAAGACUUUGAGCGACAACUGAAGACGCAAAAAGAGUCCAAACAACUAGUAGAUGUGGAGGUGGAGGCAAAGGGACAGGCCUUAGAGAAGAUGCAGUCAGAGCUGGCCCAGCUCAAGCAAUCGAAUGAGUCGGCGCUCAACAAUAUGACCAUCAACCGAUCAGGUGAAGGGCGACAUGAGGAAAACGCAUCAAAUGAGCAGCGCAGAUUAGCGGAGCAACUCUCGAUUGUUCAGACUCGCGCGGACAGUCUGAAUACGCAGCUCGAGAAGGCUACAAUGGGUAUGAAAGCAGCUCGCGAAGACGCACAGAGGAAUGAUGCCAUGCGCACAGCUGCUGAAUCGAAAUGCCAUGACCAUGCAUUGCGUGUUUCAGAUCUUGAAGCUCAUGUACAAACCGCACGUUUCGAGCUAGAAUGCGCACAAGCCGAUAGUGCCGCGAAGCAGCAACUCUUUCAGUCGAACCUGGACCUCAACUCCCGAGUUCGCACACUCCAGGCCGAGCUCGAUACCACGCGAACAAGACUAACCUCCAAUAAUCAGCAAUCAGCCCCUGUAACUGACCUUGACUCGCGCAUCAAGUCUCUACAAACAGAGCUCGAAACCACCCGUACGGAUCUUGCAUUUAAAGACCAGCAAAUCCUACGCUACGUGGAGUCCCAAGAGCAGUUCGAACAACGCCUUAACGCUUCUCAAGGCCGAAUCGAAGGUCUCGAAACCACAAUUAGCACGCUCCGUCAACAGCUUGCAGAAGCACACCGUGACAGUGCUAAAGUAAGGACAGACGUGGAACGACUCGAACAAGAUCUCGAAGAAUUAAAUGACCGUCUGCAGGAUGCUCGUGCAGAAGCAAGCCGACGUGUCAUCGAAGUCGAGAAGAGGGUCAGUAAGGUGAAGGACUCAAAGCUUGAGGCUGAGGAGAAGCUCAAAGAGCUGCAGGCCCAACAUAACGACCUAACGGAAGAGUAUGAAACGACAAUGGAAGAUGUGCGUGAGAAGGCCGAGGAUGCGGUCAGGAAAGCUGGUGCGUUGCUCGUGCAGGAGCGCAGCGAGAAGAAGCGCGUCUUGAAGGAUCUAAAAAAGGCCAAAGAGGAGGCGGAGAAGCUACGCGCUGAGGCCGCCCAAAAGAUCGUUGAAGACAGCACCUCUAAUGACGAUACCUCGACAUCAAUGUCCACAAGCGAGGCAAAUGAGAAAGACACCGAGAUCUCAAAUCUGCGCGACAUUAUCCGGAAACAGGUCACUGAGAUGAAGUUGUUAAAAACUGAAACGAUUACGCUGAAAAAGGAGAAUAAGAAACUCAUAUCAGCCUCCGACUCCCACUCCGACCUCCAAGAUACCAUGGCAGCCCUCGAAUCCCAGCUCACCAGCCUACGCACCAAGAACAGUACCCUCGAAGCCCGCCUCGAGGCCCAAGAAUCAGACUUUGAAGCUGUAAACAAAGCCAUGGACGAGAAACUUGCCGCUAUGUUGAGCAAGCUCAUGAAAGAGCGUGCAAAGACGGUUGUUGGCAAGCGAGACGGACAAUGGGUAGAGACUGUUGGCAAGGUGCAGACGGAGAAGGAGCUCAUGGGGAAAGUGCUGUUGAGGCAGUGGGGGAGGGAAGAGAUAGGUGUUGCGCAGGAGAAGCGUGGGGAGAGGCAGGGGUAUGCGUAUCAGUACGUGAAGCGGUCUUGAGGGCUGUGUUGUGUACAUAGUUUGGACUGGGACAGGCGUAUCGGUAUUAAUGAUUGAACGAGUCGAUGAUUUG